AUGGAAGUGAUGAACACACUAAUAGGGACUUUUGUCCAGUUUCUGAUGGAAAAGCCUUUCACGGUUCCUUUGGAUUCAGCUGUCCACGCGACUAUAAUGAACGGGAAAUCAACUUGUUCCAAUUUAAAAUAUAUGUCAAAGCAUAACUGUUUAUACUCUUCACUAACUUUAUCACUGGUCAACGCUAUUCCUCAAACUCUUUCUCAUCAAAUAUCAUCAACACUUGUAAACACAAAAACACGAUGCGCAGACAAAGAAGAGAUUUCUUUAUAUAAGAAAUUGGCACAAAACGCUCUUGCAACGUCUUUGAUGUUUCCAUUCACGCGGGCACAACUCCUCGCUGAGACUAACCCAUUCUCUGUGGUCCAAGCAAAAGACGUAAAUUACAUCAUACCAAAACCUCUCUACUUUUCAGUCACUCCUUUGUUCUGGAAUAUAGCGAGAAACAGCACUUUUGUAUGUACAGAUGCACUGGUGUCAAAAUACUUGAAGGGCAAAUCCAACGUUGUCAGAUUCACAACAACAAGCUUGGUGGGCACGCUUGUGUCUUAUCCGUUCGAGGUCGCAAUGAUUAGAUCAUUGCACUUGUGCCAAAUCCCAUCAACGCCAUCAAACUUCUUUGUUGGCGUCUCAACCGAACUUUUCAAGAACGUCGCAGUCGCCGCAGUGAUGGGUGUAUUCAGCGAUUACAACGUGAUGAAAAAACAAGAAAAACAGCUCUCACGACUUCAACAGUUUCUCAGAACAUGGAAAUAG